UUGUGCUGAAUGGACUCGCCCAUGAAACCUCUUGAGGCGGUCGGUCACCAUGGUGGUGGCUUACAACAGCGAGCCCAGACGCAGACCAUCCGUCGCGUUUACACGCUAAAACACUAUUUAUAAAUGCUUCCUUUGACCCUCCGCUGCUUUGCAAAUGGCUUAAAAUGGACAAUCACCUAACGCAUGGAUUACACAUUGUUUUGAAUUUGAAAAAUGAAGAAGAUGGAAUAGCGAACAAGGGACAAAAACGGAAUGCUGAAAAAUGCAGUCGUCUGCGUAAAACAUAGACGCUCCGCUUGCCUGCAAAACCCUUCAUUAACACAGAAUCGAAUUAACAAGUCCCAACAUUUGACGCUUCAGUGGUUGGAAUAGGAAAAGCAGACUGUCUGGUUUUGUAGGAUUGGGACGAGGGACAGUAAGAGAGCUCCUGGCUUAGGUUGUGGCCUGGGGACAGGCUCUCCUCUGCAGUUGCUGCGACCUGAAAACGUUUUUGUACCAUUAACGUUAUAAAAAGCCACUUGAGAGACUCGCUUUGGAUUAUUUGACUUAACUGUUGUUCGCGACGGGUUUGAAAACCAUGGCGUCCUAUGUGGAUAACAGUUUUCGGCAGGCGGUGAUGGUGAAUCCUUCAGACAGGACGCAACAGGACCUGGAGAUUGUAUAUUCCUACUUGCAUGGAAUGGAGGCGCUGUCCAACCUUCGGGAACACCAGCUGAGGAUAAUGUGUGAAAGCGUCCGCUACGAAAGACACGAAGCCAAUGAAGUGCUCUAUUAUCCGGAUGACAUUGGCACAUGUUGGUACAUUCUGCUUUCUGGAUCGGUCUUCAUCAAAGAGUCCAUGUUCCUGCCACGCUCCAGUUUUGGGAAGAGGUCUGCUGGGAGUUUACGUCGUGGAUGCGAGUGUAUCGUUCUGGAGCCAUCCGAGAUGAUUGUGGUGGACUAUAUGGAUGAGAAUGAGGAGUAUUUCCAGCGGCAGGCAUCACACCGACAGUCCCGCCGAAGGUUUCGCAAGAUCAACCAGAAGGGCGAGCGGCAGACCAUCAUCGACACCGUAGACCCCUAUCCUGCCGGCAAGCCGCCCGUUGCGCGGGGAUACCAUACGGAAUGCGUUAAGGCUCAGCUGCCGGCAGACUUCAGCAGAUUACACCUGGCAGACGGGAUUCACCCCCAGGUGACACACGUUUCCUCCAGCCACUCAGGAUGUAGCAUCACCAGUGAUUCUGGGAGCAGCAGCCUGUCGGACAUUUACCAGGCCACAGAGAGUGAGCCUGGCGACAUGGACCUCAGUGGCCUGCCCGAGACGGCCGUUGACUCCGAGGAGGAUGACGAUGAGGAAGACAUCGAACGUGCCUCUGAUCCCCUCAUGAGUCGAGACAUCGUCCGAGACUGCCUGGAGAAAGACCCCAUGGACCGAACGGAUGAUGACAUAGAGCAACUGUUGGAGUUCAUGCACCAGUUACCAGCCUUUGCCAACAUGACCAUGUCUGUCAGGAGGGAGCUUUGUGCUGUUAUGGUGUUCGCUGUGGUGGAACGGGCCGGCACAGUCGUCCUUAAUGAUGGCGAAGAGCUGGACUCAUGGUCUGUGAUUCUGAAUGGCUCAGUGGAGGUGACGCACCCAGAUGGCCGGACGGAAAUCCUGUGCAUGGGCAACAGCUUUGGUGUGUCCCCCACCAUGGAGAAAGAAUACAUGAAAGGGGUGAUGAAGACCAAGGUGGAUGACUGCCAGUUUGUUUGCAUAGCACAGCAAGAAUACUGCUGCAUCCUUAACCAAGUGGAGAAAAACAUGCAGAAGGUGGAAGAGGAGGGUGAGAUUGUGAUGGUGAAGGAACACCGAGAGCUUGACCGCACAGGCACCAGAAAAGGACACAUUGUCAUCAAGGGCACACCAGAGCGUCUUACCAUGCACCUUGUAGAAGAGCACUCGGUGGUGGACCCCACCUACAUCGAGGACUUCCUGCUUACCUACCGCACCUUCCUGCCAAGCCCCAUGGUGGUAGGCAAGAAACUGCUGGAGUGGUUUCAUGACUCCAGCCUCAGGGACAAGGUUACACGGGUAGUCUUGCUGUGGGUAAACAAUCAUUUCAACGACUUUGAGGGUGACUCCGCAAUGACACAUUUUCUUGAGGAGUUCGAGUACAAUCUGGAGAGAGAGAAAAUGUGUGGGCACCUAAGACUGUUAAACAUAGCAUGUGCUGCCAAAGCUAAGCUACGGGUGGUGACCCUAACCAAACCCUCGAGGGAAGCACACCUGUCUUUCACCCUGCUGGGGGGUUCAGAGAAGGGCUUUCGCAUUUUCAUUGACAGCGUGGAGCAAGACAGCAAAGCUGCAGAGGCCGGCCUUAAACGAGGAGAUCAGAUACUAGAGGUCAAUGGGCAAAACUUUGAAAAUGUGCCGUUAUCCAAAGCCAACGAGAUUCUCAAAAACAACACACACCUGUCCAUUACUGUGAAAACCAAUCUCUUAGUGUUUAAGGAGCUACUGGCCAGGCCUGACCAGGACCAGGAGCAAGAACUGGAGGAGGAGCCAGACAGGAAGAACGGGGCACCUCACAUCCCCAAAAUCGGGGACAUUAAGAAAGCCAGCCGCUACUCCAUCCCUGACCUGGCUGUGGAUGUGGAGCAGGUCAUGGGUCUUGAGAAAGCUAGUAAGAAAGCCAAGGCCAACACCGUGGGUGGCAGAAACAAGCUGAAGAAGAUCUUCGACAAGACACUAACCAGUAUUCUUCCACCCAAACCUUACAAUGACGUUGGUGUGGGACAGUCCCAGGAUGACAGUAUUGUUGGGCUAAAGCAGUCAAAGCAGAUCCCUCCUGCUCUUCCUGUCAGUGGAAACCUUUCAUCGAGCAACCCUGACCUAUUGCAAUCACACCAUCGCAUACUUGACUUCAACAACCAGCCUGAAGCAGUUCCUAUAAACAUGUCAGACCAGGUACUGAGAGUGUUCAAGGCAGACCAGCAAAGUCGAUACCUCAUGAUUGGGAAGGACACCACAGCAAAAGAGGUCGUAGCUCAGGCCAUCCGAGAGUUUGCCUUGACCGCUGCCCCUGAAGCAUAUUCAUUGUGUGAGGUGUCAGUCACUCCUGAGGGUGUCAUCAAGCAGCGACGACUCCCUGAACAACUCUCCAAACUGGCCGACAGGAUCCAGCUCAGUGGAAGGUACUACCUGAAAAGCAACAUGGAGACAGAGACAUUGUGCUCUGAUGAAGAUGCCCAGGAACUACUAAGGGAGAGUCAGAUCAGCCUGUUGCAGCUUAGCACGGUGGAAGUGGCGACCCAGCUGUCCAUGCGUGCCUUUGAGCUGUUCUGUGCCAUCGAGCCCACCGAGUACAUCGAUGACCUCUUUAAGCUGAAAACCCGUCUAACCGGGCCCCCCAGCCUCAAGCUCUUUGAGGAGGCCAUCAAUCGGGAGACCUUCUGGGUGGCCACGGAGGUGGUGCGUGAGACCAACCAGCUCAAACGCAUGAAGAUCAUCAAGCACUUCAUUAAGAUCGCACUGCAUUGCCGCGAGUGCAAGAACUUCAACUCCAUGUUUGCCAUCAUCAGCGGUCUGAACUUGGCACCAGUGUCCAGACUCAGAGGCACAUGGGAGAAGUUGCCUAGUAAAUAUGAGAAGCUGUUUAGUGAUCUUCAAGAUUUAUUUGAUCCCUCCAGGAAUAUGGCAAAGUACCGUAAUCUUCUAAACAGCCAGAAUCUGCAGCCACCCAUCAUCCCUCUUUUCCCUGUAAUCAAGAAGGAUCUCACCUUCCUGCAUGAAGGAAAUGACUCGAAGGUAGAUGGUUUGGUGAACUUUGAGAAGCUGCGGAUGAUUGCUAAAGAGAUCAGACACGUAGGCAGAAUGGCAGCGGUAAACAUGGACCCUGCUCUGAUGUUCAGAACCAGGAAGAAGAAAUGGAGAAGUUUAGGGUCACUCAGCCAGGGCAGUGCCAAUGCGGCAGUCCUGGAUGUAACCCAGACAGGCGGACACAAGAAGCGGGUCAGACGGAGUUCCUUCCUCAAUGCCAAGAAGCUGUACGAGGACGCACAGAUGGCACGCAAAGUCAAACAAUACCUGUCCAACCUCAUCCUGGAGACGAAUGAGGAGAGCCUGCAGACACUCUCAAUUCAGUGUGAGCCUUCAGUCAACACAUUGCCGAAGAGUUCUGGGGACAGGAAGAGACCUGACACUUCUCCUGUAGUUGCACGGGCCGCCAUUCACCAGCGCCAGCAGCUUCAGAAAGCCACCCAGGCGCUUCAAGUGCCUGCCGUAGCCCUCUACCCAUCACGCAAGAAAGUGCCAGUCAAAGACUUGCCGCCAUUUGGCACAAGCUCACCACAGUCUCUGAAAAAGAUACUGUCCCUUUCAGAAGAGGCAGGAGAGAGACACAGGAAACUGACAGAGGACAGUGUGUCCAACAACUCCUCACAGAUGUCAUCUCCUCCCACAUCCCCUCACAGCUCACCUAAGAAAGGGUAUGGAAGAGCAGGUGACUACCUGUCAGACUCUGGUCACAGUGAGAUCUCCUCACGCUCCAGUCUGGUGAGCACCUCCUCCCUGGACAUGGGGCAAGAUGAACGCAGACAUCGAUAUGGAGGAAUAGCUGGGGAAAGCCAUGGCAGUGUCCACCGUCUAGAACGCAGGGCUACUGCUGAUCCUGACCAGUACAGCUUGGGGUCUUGCUCAUCAAUGCAGGACUGUCGGGGUCUGUAUGCGGGUGCCACUGUGCUGUCUUCCCCCAGCUCAGAGGAGCUUACCCAGGACCAGGGCGACCGGGUGUCUCUCGAUGCUGCUGAUUCUGGUCGUGGCAGCUGGACUUCAUGUUCCAGUGGCUCUCAUGACAACAUUCAGACCAUGCAGCAGGGGCGUAGCUGGGAAGCACUUGCAGAGGGUGCGGGGCUUUGGGGAAGCAGAGGAAGCUGGGCGUCUGCCUGCUCCUCUUCAUCCUCUGCAGCAUGUUGGGGCGAGGACUCUGAGGGCGAUACGGGCACUAUCAAGCGAAGAGGAGGGAGGGAUGUGACCACAGACCCAGAGACCAGCAGCAUCACCUCCACUGGCUCAGAAGAGUCCAGACAGCACAGUCGACGGCCCUCACCCAUCACUGCAGGCAACACCAAAGCUGUGAUCACACGGAAGGACGGCCGUUACCGGGACCCUCCGCCAACUCCGCCGGGCUACACCGCACUGACCAUCACGGACGUAACCGAGGGCACAGCUCACUCGGGCAGGAGACCGCCGGACUACACCACCGCCUUGCAGCGAUCCCGUCUUGUCUCACAAUCCCCUGACUCCCAGCAGCCCCCAGCUGCGGGAAAACCCAUCCACUCGCCGGAUCCCCGGGGCCGAGAAGAGGAGGAGACAGAGGAGGUGGAAGUGGAGGGUGAGUGCUUGUCUCCCAAACUCAGAGAUCAAAGGAGGAGAGGUCCACACACAGCAGUUCCCCCCAGGCCAUGAGUUACAUACACCACCCCGACGGGAAGAGGAUGAACAGGUGUCCGCUGUUUGAAAGGGGGCGACUCUGGCUGCACUGCUGCAUUGACUGAUGGCCCUUAUCGGGCAUUCACAGGUCAGACAGACAGACAGACCAUCCAGUCUACAUCUUACCGGCACUGCCUCUCUCCCUCCUCGAUGGAUUCAUCUCCCUGUCCUGCCUUAAUGCAUCAUGGGGGGUUUAAUGCCCUGCAUGCUAAAGAUACUGUGAAGAAAGGAGGCGAGCAAAAAAAUAAUUUAUUUGGCACUUUGGAGAAUGGAAAAAAUGAACUGAACUGAACUGAAAACACAACGCUUUGACAUUCACACACAAAAAACAAACUACUGUUAACAGUUAUCUUCAGACAAUUCCCUCUUACCUUCUACCUAAAGGUCACAUGGACACGUUUAGUGGUUCCCUCGAGCACUUUUUAACUGUUUUUAAGGUGUAAACUGAUGCACACAAUCUACAUUUCAGUCACACGAUUCUGGACAUGCAGUUUGGAUGGCGAAGAAGGCUUGAGUACAAUUUACCACCCUUCUUUUGGACAUCAGUCCUGACGACAA